GUGGAUCUGGGUGUCACCAGAGGCAAACCCCUGCCCAGACUGCCUUGGAUUUCGGUGGAUCAGAGUGUCUGGAGGUUGAGGAGCUGCCAUGAAGCCCUUGGAGCAGAGCCACGUCCCCGGGCUGGUGCUGAGUGCCCUGUGUGUCCUGGCCAUGGUGUCCCCGGGCGAGGUGCCCGUCCCGGGCGAGAUCUCGGAGGAGAUCCUGGAGAAGCUCAGGACGUCGGUGGCCAGGAUUGCUGUGAACUCCACACCCUGCAGCGUCACCUGCGGGCCAGGCCUGAAGGUGGAGGAGCUGUGUGAGGUGACCCCGGCCGGGGAGAGGAGGAACUGCUCCCUGGUCAGCUCCUACUGCCUGGGCACCUUCCUGUGCGGGCUCCGGCACCUCACCGUGCCCACGGGGCAGCCCCUCCAGCUGCCCUGCCUGGCCCCCGAUGCCCCCAGGCCGGGCAACCACAGCUACAGCUACACCUGGGAGCUGGCCCGGGGCCUCAUCACCACCAACGACCUCCUGUUCGAGCCCCUGAGGAACUCCAGCCCCGCCUUGAGCUUCUCCCCCGCGCGGGAGGCGCACGCCGGGACCUACCGGUGCGACGUGCGGCUCCGGGGCACCUCCAAGCCCAUCAAGAGGGUCUACUUUGGCCUCAGGGUCAUCCCUGGAGACCUGGUGGGGCUCAGCUUCCAGCAGUCCCCGACCUGGGAGCAGAAGCUGGAGGGGAGCCUGAAGGAGGGGAGCGCGGGGAACGGCAGCCGGGAAGGGCGGGAGCGCUUCUGGGAGCAGGAGGAGUUCUACGAAGCUGUGCUGGGAAUUGGCAGCGGAGUGCUGGGGGCCAUCCUGCUCAGCCUCCUGCUCUGCUGCUGCCAGAGGCUUUGGAGAAGGAGAGGAGCAGAGAAAUGAAGGGAGAUUCCUGCA